AUGGUCAAACUUGUUCCUUUUGGUAUUGUGUUUCUUAUUUUGCCUGAAUCUAUACCUUUACUUGUCAUCUAUGCACCUGGUAUGGUACCUAGCACUUGUUUGAAAGAGAAUCAAAUUUUGAAACAAAGGCAGAAGCUAGACAAAGUACGUCAAAAGAUGACUCAUAACGUACUCAAGUCUGCUAAACAAUUGCAAGGUGUUAUUACUGCUGAAGAUUUCAUGCACAAGGCUAAAUUUCAACGCAUUGCCAAAAACUUUGCUUAUGAUUUUGACUUGAGUCGUAUUGAUAGAAGACAUCUUUCUUCUUAUUGUAAAUUCAUGGGCAUCAAUGACUAUGGACCACAAUUUAUUCUCAAGAAGAGACUUGAGAAAUACAUGAACUAUCUUGAUCAAGAUGACAAGCUCUUGCUUCAAGACAAUACAGUCGAUACAUUGACAGUGCAAGAAUUAAGCCAUGCUGUAGAAGAGCGUGGUAUGAAAUCUGUAGAUCAGCAAGAAGAAAACAUGAGACGUGCAUUAAAGUAUUGGUUGAGUGCUAGUCAAGCAGAUCCCAAGGUUCCUGCUGGUUUACUUAUCUUCAGUAGAAUGUUUUUGCUUAAUGCAAACUAUGUUUAA